AUGCCCAACAAGUUCUCCUUCGACGACUCAGCCUUCGAUAGCUCACCGCCGUCAACGCCCGGUCAAACUCCGCAGAAGAAGUCAUACUAUCCCUUCGGCGAAAACCCAUCAACGACGCCAGCCGGCCCUCCACCCUCGUCCGCUGCUUCCUUCACACCCCAAGGUGCUCCCUCCGAGUCUUAUCUCGGAAGCUCCUUGUUGCAAGGCGUCACUGCGCAGAAGCCCUUUGGCUUCGGCGGUGCCAGUUCAAAUGGGCCUAGCAAGAACCUCUUUGGAAGAAGCGACUCUGCCUCGGCGCAACCACUCGGCCGGUCGAUUCUGCAGAACACCAAACCCACGACGAGACAGCCAUCGGCACUGAGCCGGGAACUUGGCGCGGGAAAGAGCGACAUCACCUACGAUAACCGGAAUGGCAGGUAUAUGAUACCCGACAGCUCGGAGGAAGAGGAAGAGGACGAGGAUGAGGAGUACGACGAGCGCGAUGUCGCCGACGCGGAGAUGGAGCGAUACCUCGAAGCCGAUAUUGGGGACGAAGACGGGGAUGCCGAGGCGGACGACGAAGAGGUCCAGGACGAUGACGAUAUAUUCCUGAACAUGCGGCACAGCACCCGCAACGAUGAGGAUCUAGCCUACUCAGACGAAGGCGAAGGCGGCAUAGGCGGCGAAGAGUCGGAUCUUUUACUGCUCAAUACGCCAGCGGCAACGGAGCGAAUGCGCAGGGAAGCCCAGGAUAUCUUCCGUGCCUCGUCCAUGCGUCGCUCAUCGGGCAACAGACGGACAGAAUUCAAGUUCUCCGCAAUCGCAAAGGAUCUGUACAAGGAACUGGGCAUGGCUCAAAUCAACGAGUCGUCAGGCGUCGUUUUGAAGACGGAAGACCUGAUCAACCAGCUUUACAACGAAGGGAUUGGUGCGCAGGAGGACCCCGAUCAACUCGACGUCUCGCUCGCCAACAUUGUUUAUCCUCUGGUGGACCUCUGGAACGACUUUGCCGACAGUUUACCCAUGCCGGAGGGAGAGCACAUUGCCGAGAUUGGCCCCGGUCCCGAAAGCGAGCCAUUCACGAAGGCUGCCUAUGUUGCCCAGCUAGUGCUUCAGAUGCACCACACUCGUUUCGCAAACCAAGGCACCGUCGAUACCGAAGCGCCGCCACUGCCUUACGUUCUGUUCCGAUGGAUCGAGGAAAAUCACAACAUUUACCCCGAGCAGUACGAAAUCGUCAUGAACCACAGGCCGAGCCCGGCGUGCCACAGCCUCUUCUGGCCGACACUGCGAAGCGCUCUCAUCCGUGGCAAUGUCGAACUUGCGUCAAAACUGUUGAGGAAUGCUGGAUGGGAGUCCGUCAAGAAGGGUCCUCGGGCUGAUUUUGCGUACUCUGGCAAAGCUCUCGAUAAUCUGCAACGCGCCGUCGGUAUUGCGUGCGAGGCACUCGACAUGUGCCCAAUCACCAAGGGCAAUUGGGAUAUCUUCAGCAGCGACUGGACCUUGUACCGCAUCCAGACAAAGGGCUCACUAGACAAACUUCAACGGUUUGCCGAGGGCAAGGACAAGAAUCUCUUCGCUGGCGAUAGUGAUGACAGCUCAUACGGAAGGGGUUCCUUGGCCGGCCUCGUGCGGAAAGCCGAGGGCCAGGUUCCAUGGGACAUCUACGAACACCUCCAGACCAUUUACCAGAUCAUCAUGGGAACGCCAGAGGCUAUCCUGGAUACAGCACAGGACUGGUGUGAAGCCACGAUUGGUCUCUUUGGAUGGUGGGAGGAAGGUAGAGGGCAGCAGAGGAGCCUGCGCAUGUCCCGCUCCCAUGGCCUCCGCAUGACAGCUACGCCUGCCACCCCGGAGAGCUACUUUGAACGCCUGUCGCUGGCUUUCCAUACUGCGGUUGAGUCGGACUUCCACUUCAACUCCAUGAACCCUGUUGAGGUUGCCAUCGCUUCUGCUUUUGAGUCAAACUUUGCGGCUGUCAUCGGAAUCCUUCGUGCAUGGUCACUUCCCAUUGCUUCCUCGGUGGCAGAACUUGCCUCUCUUGGUCAGUGGCUACCUAAGCCCGAGCAGCCCAACUUGAUUACGAUGGAGAGCCUGGAUAUGGAGGAUCUGGAGAUGUUGGGAGUGACUCCUCAGACUGCCGACGAUGUAGAGGGCAUCAAAGACACUACGCUUACACAUUACGCACGCGAACUGGCCGGAAUCGAGAGCCUUUCGGAAGAUCGCAGCGGAUGGGAGAUGGCGAUACAGGUCCUUGGCCGGAUGGAUUCAGCUGCGAAAUCAGAGGACAUGGUCGGAGAAUUGCUUCGGGAUAUCCUAGACCAGCUCGAUUCUGAACAAGGAGCCACUGUAGAUAAGGUCUGGAGGAUUCUCAACGAUCUCGGCAUGAUUUCCUAUGCCGAAGAGACCGCAGAGACCUAUGCAGACAUUCUCGGCAAAGACUCUCACAGAUACGGAGAGGCUCUUUGGUACUACGCCCUGGCCCAUAGACCAGGAAAGGUCCGCGAGGUGCUCAACCUUCUCAUGUCGUACUCUUUGCUCCACUCCACGGUCUACCCCCCUGCCAACGACCUGGACGACCACCUCUACCGACUUCUGAACGAGCGCAGUCAAACCCUCGAGAAGUAUGCCAAGCAAGAUCUUGAGGCAGCGAACCUUCUCGGGCGGAUGCUGAGUGGUUACGCUACGCUCCGAAAAUUCUACGAGCUUCGUGACGCUGACGGACUCGCGGAUUUGUCCCCUUACAAGUCUGCCACUCUCCGGAAGCAAGCUGCCUCCGCCCUUGUUGCUGUCAUCGCUAGCUCGGAUGACAACAUUCGGGGAGGCCUUUACGAUGAAACCCGCGACGCCGUUGUUAGCGAGGACUUCAUUCUCGCUCUCUUGGGCGAGGCCUUGCCGUUUGUCAACCAAAACCCCUCAGUCAUUACGCUCGACCAGAUGGACACGCUCCUCAAGGCUGUUGAGGACAUUCAGACAGUCAACUCUACCAUCUUCAACGCAGCAGACGAGUUCUUCAAGCUUGUCCUGGCCUCGACACCAGGAAUGAAGGGUUCCACGCCUGCGGACUUGAUGCGCAAGAGCACCAACUCGCUCAGCGGAAGCAGCUACAUGCUCAGCGGAAGCUCCAUGCUAGCCAGCCAACUUCACCGAUCCAUCAGCGGCGGCAGCGGCAGUGGUUCCUCUCUUGCCAAGACGAAACGCGGCUGGGACUGGAGAUCGGGACUCACGGCGGGCGCGUCGGCCGACGACGUGCUUCGCAUACUUCGAUUGGGUCUUUCGAGGGAUUUGGCGUCCUUGUGGCUGGCCGACGCGGACAAUACGCCCGUGUACUAG